AAAUUCAAGACGAAGCAAACCUGCGACUGACUUACAAGACGCUCGUUUACGCGCCACGCCAACUGAUUCGUCGCCCUGCAGUGCGGGUACACAAGACAGUCCACUGAUCAAUCCGUCCCUUCUGCAAGCAUAAAGGCUCGUUGUGCGGGCGAAUGGCCGCCGUCGCUCCGUUAAGAUGCUCACCACACUCGUUCUCGCCCUGUUGAUCCUCCCAGCCCUCCAGACGCAGGUGUCGGGGGGCCGGACAAUCCACGUCGUGAACUCCUGCGGGUCUAACGUCUAUCCAGCAUACGCGGGUAAAGGCGAUCAGGUCACAUUGAGCUCAGGAGGUGUAGCCCCUCCAGCUUGGGAACUAGCAGCAGGAGGAACCACGGACUUGAUCGUCCCGGACAAUUGGGAGAGUGGACGUAUUUGGCUUCGUUCAGGCGAAUGUAACGGAAACGUCGAGAAAUGCAAGAUCGGAGCCUGUGUCGGUGGAGGCAACAAUUGUGAUGGCAAAGCGUACGGAUCGUUAGGUGCGACCAUCGCGGAGUUUGGGAUGGGCGGGGCAGAAUACGGCGAUUUCUAUGAUGUAUCGAUGGUAGAGGGAUUUACCGUGUCCAUGAGCAUCACACCCUCCACGUCAUCAUGCACUGUAGCCUCUUGUGGGGCAGAGACAGAUAUAUUGAGACAGUGCGAUCCAAGGCUCGUCUGGCCAAAGGGCUCAGAUCAGAUUUGGGGAUGCGCUGCAGCGUGCUCAGCAGGCAUCUUUUACCUCGGCCAAGGUGUGACGACCUUUGAUUGGCAGGAUUGCCCUUCGUGCUGUAACGGAGCGUACUUGUACAACUGCCCUGCGUCAAAUUUCCCGUUUUACGACGUUUACAAGCCAAUGUGCAAGAUGGGAUACGUAUUUGCCAAAGACGAUGUGGUACCGAACCAAACUGCAGUUCUCAAUUGCCCAAGUGGCGCCAGUUACACGCUCGAACUAUGCGCAGGCGGCAUCAAGAGCGGUAUCACCGAUCCACCUUCAUCUUCCGAAGCUGUAACUCAGGAUCCAGGCGGGGAGAUCAAUAUCGGUGAUGGAUCCGGUUCGGGUGGAGGCGGAGGAGGUGCGUCAAAAGGCUCUUCCGCGAUGGGAGGGGGGGGCGGUAUUUCGACUUCUGGGGGUCCCUUCCCUGCACCCAGCCCAUCAAGCUCGAAUCAUCAAGUCGGGUUCUCAAUGACCUCACAGGCCGAUCCAUUGCCGAGCCUAUCGACGACAGUCUAUCAACCGCCUGUCCCGGUGUCGUCUGAAACUGGCUGGGGAGGAUGGGGGAAUGGAAAUCAUCACGGUGGUAAUGGGCAUCAUCACUGGCAGACUGGCGGACAACACCUCGGAGCUUGGGAGCAGAGCCCGUCCGCAUCGGCGUCAGAAGCGAAACACUGUACGCCAAAGAGCAAGCGGGGGAUCGAGAAGCAGCGUCAGAAUACGUAGACCUCGGCAAUCUCAUUCUGGAAAGACCAUAUAGGUGCGACAGUAAUCCUUCAGGGAAGGCAUAAUGGAUGGCUGCGCCAGCGCCGUUGUCUACUUUCGGAAAGUGCAUAUGUACGA